AUGGAUAUCCUUCAAAUAUUAGAAGCUGCAUUAGGUGGGGUCGCUGACCAAAACCAAAGAACGCAAGCAGAAAUUCAAUUAAACGAUGCAGCAAACAACCACUUUCCGGAAUAUGUUCAAUUAUUGAUUGAAGCUUUGAUCAAUGAGGAUGCCAAAACAGAAGUAAGAAUGUUGGCUGGUAUUGCAUUAAAGAAUCAAUUGGUUUCAAAAGAUAAUAAAGUUAAAUUGGCUCAACAAGACAGAUGGUUGAAAUUACCUGAAGACUUGAAAGAUAAGAUCAGAGGAUUAGCAUUACAGGGUUUAGGUAUAACCAAUCAAAAAGUUGCCAAUACAGCUGCACAAUUAGUUGCCGCUAUUGCUGAUAUCGAAUUACCAAGAGGUCAAUGGCAAGAAUUGAUCCCAAGAAUUAUUCAAAACACCAAACCGGAGAAUCCAGAAAACAUAAAGAGAAGUUCUUUGUUGACUAUUGGUUAUAUCUGUGAAAGUUCCGAUCCAAAUAAUCCAAAUAUCUUAAACCAAGCAAGUGGUAUAUUGAUUGCUAUUGUUCAAGGUGUUCAAAGUAACGAACCUUCCAAACAAGUAAGAUUAACUGCCUUGAAUGCAUUGGUUAAUUCUUUGGAGUUUAUCAAAUUUAAUUUUGAAACCGAGGGGGAAAGAAAUUACAUCAUGCAAGUUGUAUGCGAAGCAACUCAAGCAGAUGAUGCAGAAUUACAAGCUAGUGCCUUUGGUUGUCUUGCUAGAAUCAUGUCCUUGUAUUACCGUUACAUGUCACUUUAUAUGGAAAAGGCUUUGUAUGGAUUGACCAUUUCAGGUAUGCAAAGUGCUGAUGAAAAAGUUGCAUGUAUGGCAGUUGAAUUUUGGUCAACUGUUUGUGAAGAAGAAUUAGAAAUUGCAUUACAAAGACAAGAAUUGGGAUUAGAUCCAUUACAAGCAGCUCAAACCCCUGACUUAGUCUCAUAUAAUUUUGCUCUUGUUGCUUCAACAGAAGUCUUACCAACUUUGUUGACCUUGUUAACCAGACAAAACGAAGAUCCUGAAGAUGAUGAUUGGUCAGUUGCCAUGGCUGCUGGAGCUUGUUUGCAAUUAUUUGCUCAAAACAUUGGUAAUUAUGUUGUUGAUCAAACUAUAAAUUUUGUUGGUUCUAACUUGACAAAUACAGAAAACUGGAGAGCUAGAGAAGCUGCCGUUAUGGCAUUUGGUUCUAUCUUAGAUGGUCCAGAUCAUGAACAAUUGAAGACAGUCAUUGCUCAAGCAUUACCACCAAUCCUUACUUUGAUCAAAGAUGACAAUUUGCAAGUUAAAGAAACCGUUGCUUGGUGUCUCGGUAGAAUUGCUGAUAUGGUGAUUGAUGCUAUUGACAUUCAAACUCAAUUAGAACCAUUAUUGCAAGCUUUGAUUGAAGGGUUGCAAGAUCAUCCAAAAGUCUCUACCAAUUGUUGUUGGACUUUGAUGAACUUGACUGAACAAUUGUGUACUGAUGGUUACGACAAUGACACUACUACCAUGUCACAAUAUUACCCAACUAUCAUUCCAAUUUUAAUACAAACAUCUGGUAGAGGUGAUAAUGAAUACAGUGCGAGAGCUUCUUCUUACGAAGCACUUUCCACUUUUGUCACUUAUAGUGCAAGAGAUACUAUGCCAAUUGUUCAAAACAUUGCUACUGAAGUCUUGGCCCGUUUAGAAUCCACCAUCAUGUUACAAGGUCAAGUUAGUACCACUGAAGAUAGAGGUAACUUAGAAGAAUUACAAUCCAACAUCUUGUCAUUGUUGACUAAUGUUAUUAGAAGAUUGGGUAGCGAAGUUAUCGUGGCUUCCGAUAAUUUAAUGGAUAGAUUUAUCAAGUUGCUUGAUGCUCAAGAACAAAACUCCUUGAUUGAAGAAGAUAUAUACAUUGCCAUUUCUGCUCUAGCCAGUGCCAUUGGUGAACAAUUUGUUAAGUAUUUGCAACCAUUUUUGCCAUAUUUGACUAAAGCCUUGACUAAUGUUGAAUCUCCAACUAGUAUUACUGCUGUUGGUUUAGUUGCUGAUUUGGCACAAUCAUUAGGACCACAAAUGAACAAUUAUUGGAGUGGUAUUUUACAAUUAUUGGGUGAUGCCUUAACCAGUCCAAACUCCAAGAGAGAAUUGAAACCAGCAAUUGUUUCUGCAUUUGGUGAUAUUGCUACUGCUAUUGGACCUGAAUUUGCCCCAUAUCUUGAAUUUGUUUUGAAGACUUGUACUGAAGCCAGUAACAUUCAACCUGAAGACGGAACUAUUGAAACUUUGGACUAUGUUUUCAAUGUCAGAGAAGCAGUAUUGGAUUGUUUUGUUGGUAUUGUUGGUGGAUUUAUCAACGAAGCACGCGCAUUGGCUCCAGCCAUUGGAACUAUAUUUGAAUACAUUCAUAAAGUUGCGCUUGAUCCACAAAUGUCUAGCACCGAAUCUGUUGCUAGAUCUGCUGCUGGUCUCUUAGGUGAUAUUGCUGCCAUGUAUCCAAAUGGUGAAUUCAAAGCUGCUUAUGCUGAAGCAUGGGUUACUGAUUUCAUCAAGAGAACCAGAUCCAAUCCAUUAUUUGACAACAAGACUAAGGAUGCAGCAAGAUGGGCCAGAGAUCAACAAAAGAGACAACAACAACUUUUGGGUCAAUAA